AUGAAGAGACAUAACCACACAGAGGUGAGUGAUUUUUUUUUUCAAGGAUUCUCCAGUUUCCAGGAGCAUCAGAUCACACUCUUUGUAAUCUUCCUGGCUCUAUACAUUUUUACCUUGGCUGGCAACGUCAUCAUUGUGAUAAUCAUCCAAAUUGACCGUCACCUCCACACACCUAUGUACUUCUUCCUGAGCAUGCUCUCCAUUUCUGAGACCUUAUACUCAUUGGUCAUUAUCCCACGGAUGCUAUCCAGCCUUGUGUGCAGGAAUAAGUCCAUUUCCCUGGCAGGCUGUGCUACCCAAAUGUUCUUUUUUGUCACCUUUGGCAUCAAUAACUGUUUCCUGCUCACAGCAAUGGGAUAUGAUCGCUAUGUGGCCAUCUGCAACCCACUGAGGUAUACAAUCAUCAUGAACAGUAAGGUGUGUGCCCUGCUGGUAUGGGGGGCAUUUAGCGUUGGUCUGAUUGUAGCAAUGACACAGGUGACAUCAGUGUUCAGGUUGCCCUUCUGUGGUGAUUUCUCGAUGCAGAGAAAGAACCACACGCAGGUGACCAUGUUCACCUUCCAGGGAUUCUCCAGCUUCCAUGAACACCAGAUCACACUCUUUGCAGCGUUCCUCACUUUGUACACCAUAACCCUGGCCAGCAAUGUUAUCAUUGUGACCAUUAUCUGCAUUGACUGCCAUCUCCACACCCCCAUGUACUUCUUCCUGAGCAUCUUGUCCACUUCUGAGACCUUGUACACACUAGUCAUCAUCCCACGCAUGUUGUCCAGCCUCACAGGAUGGAACCAGCCAAUUUCACUGGAGGGCUGUGCCACUCAAAUGUUCUUCUUUGUCACUUUGGCCAUCAACAACUGCUUCCUCCUCACAGCAAUGGGGUAUGACCGCUAUGUGGCCAUUUGCAACCCCCUGAGAUAUAUGAUUGUCAUGAAUAAAAAGGUAUGCAUCUACUUAGUGAGUGGAGCAUGGACCAUUGGUUUGACUGUUGCAUCUAUACAGGUGACAUCUAUAUUCAACAUGCCUUUCUGUGAAGCACAGGUGGCCCAUUUCUACUGUGACAUUCGCCCCAUGAUGAAGCUUGCCUGUAUAGAUACCACAAUCAAUGAGAUCAUCACCUUUAUCAUCAGCUCAGGGGUGAUCCUGGUACCUAUGGGCUUAGUUUUUAUCUCCUACAUCCUCAUUAUCUCUGCCAUCCUCAAAAUCGCCUCAGCUGAGGGGCGGAAAAAGACCUUUGCCACUUGUGCUUCCCACCUCACAGUGGUGAUUGUCCACUAUGGCUGUGCCUCCGUUGCCUAUCUCAAGCCCAAAUCAGAGAAUUCAGUGGAACAAGAUAGAUUACUCUCCAUUACUUACACCCUCAUCACACCAUUGUUGAACCCUGUGGUAUAUAGCCUGAGAAAUAAGGAAGUCAAGGAUGCCCUAAGGAGAGCCAUGGGCAAAAAACUGCCCUAA